AAGCUUAAUUGCACAAUUUUAAUUUUUUCACCACAAAAUCAUUGCCAGCCUUACUUCUGUCACCUUCUUAUUGUAACUCGUACGCUCACAAAUAUUAAGCGCUUAAUCUCGUCGCAAACUAACGGUCAAGGGUUAUCGCGCUGAGCUUCGAGCACAGCCUAAGUUUACAAGAAGCUUCAUUCUUAUCGCUUCCACGAUUUCAGUAGCAAACAGAAAAUCAGCGCGAUUAGUGAGCCAACGAAGUUCUUAAAGAACGGAAACUUAUUAUUUUAUUAUAAUAUACCAACAACAACAUCUACCUCAAACAACAAACAACAUGCGUGGAUUGUCGCUGCUGCACUUUGCCUUGGGCAUUUUACUCUGCCUGCUUGCUGGUGAUAAACCCGCUCUUGCACUGCGCAUCAACGUCCGUACUACUACACCGGAAACAACAGCAACUAAUACUGAAGCAACGAGCACAUCAUCUAAUCGACCCAUCGUUAUCCAUAACAACAUACCAAACAUCGAUGCCAGCUGUAUGGUGCGCUAUAAGUGUACCGCAAAAUUGAAGGGCGUUACAGUGGCGCCCAGACCUUGUACUAAAUACUGUGUGAAAUUCGUUGAAUGUCCGAAUGCAACGAAAGUUGCCGGUUCGCCCGGUGAGUGCUUUGAGCUGGAUGAGGCCGCACUUCGCCAACAAUAUGAGGGCGCUACGAAGAAGGGCAGUACAGUGCCGCUAAUGGAGGUGGCUAUGAUUGAUUUCCCUUGCCGUCCUGGUUUUCUGCCAGACGACUUGGGCCGCUGUCGUGAAGUAUGGUGAAGAGCUUGUGCUGUUUUUGUUUCAACUUUUUUAAAUAUGCCCAAAAUAAAGCCGUUGUAUAUUUUCGUGGAAAAGA